AGCCAUUUUGGUUCAAGUGCCAGCAUGCCAUUCUGCGUCCCAUUCUACUCUCCCCUCGGCCGCCCGGCACCACUGGCUCCGCGCGGGGGCGCGUCGCGAUGGAGGCGCCGGCGCCGCGGCUCCAGCCGAGCGCGGGGAUCCGCGCGGCCUGGGCCGGCGCGGCGGGCAGGCCUCGGGAAAGGCCGGCUGCCAGCCCGCUGCUCGCCUGCGGCGCGGCGCUCCUUGGCCCCCCGCCCCGGCGCGGCCGCCGCUGCGCCCGGGCGGCGGCGACUGCGACCAAGCGGGUCACGAAGACAAGGACCCUGACGCAGACCCAGACGCAGACGAAGUCGCAGACGAAGUCUCAGACCAAGACUGAGAACAGGUGGGCUCUGCUGGUGCAUGCCCCGGCGCGGCAGAACCGUUGGUGGCAGUUCUGGAAGCCAAUCGCCAUACGCGUGGGCCUGGCCGAGCUCACUGUGAGGCAGUUCUCUGAUCUACUUGCGGACGCCGUUGGGGAGUUGAGUCCGUCCGACACCUUCCGCGCCGCGUGCGCGCUCGCAGAAAGCGCCAUGAUGAACGAGAUCGGCAUUGCCGCCAUUGUCUCUGCCGAGAGGCAUGUCGUGGAGAAAUAUCAGCAGCAGCUACGCCGGCGCAUCCCGCACUUGGACGUGUCCGUCGCCCCCGAGUGACUCGGCAAGUGGCGGCGGCCGCUGCCUGGCAGAGGCCCGCCAGCGUCCCUCCUCCUCCUUCUCCUCCUUCAUUCGUCCCUACAUGUGUCCGCCGUCUUCCACCACCCCUUCCUCCAAACCACGGUUUGGAACACCUCAUGGAGGUUCGACCUCCGUGGUGGAAGCUUACCUCCUCCAUGUUUUUGGGGGAUCCCAAGUUAGGGCCAGAUCUUCAAAAUUGAGCUUUCGGUUCUUCCUCUGGGUAUGUCUCCUCGUCCUUUUUCUGCAAUUCUCCAUCCCCCAUCGGGGUGGCUCCAAUCACAUGCGGCCAAUCGGGAUGGGCCCGCAUGUCGCCCGUGGGCCGAGGAUGGCGCACUCCUUUCGCGCUUUGCCACCCGCGUUGUUCGUCGAAUGCAGUGCAGGAUUGGGUUCUUAGCCUGGAUGGUUGAUUGUGAUUCCUACUGCUUGGAUUGGAUUGUUUGCGUAUUUGAGCGACUGCGUUUUCAGAGGGAUUCGCUGAUAGUGUUGCCCACGCCGUUGUUGCGUGGAUCUCUGUGCUAAGACGCCGAAGUUGUGCCUCGAGCGCCCCAUGCCGUUACUAGUAUGGGUACAGUGCUACUAACAUGGCCCCCGUGGGGUCUUAUCAGCAGAA